AUGAGGUGGGCCGUGCCAGCCUCCGCAGUCCUAUUUCUGCUGCUCCUGCUGCUCGAGCAGCCACUUCUGAGCUCACCGCAGUCCCUGGGGUCCAUAAAGCUGCGCUUGGCAGGCCCAGGGAGCCGGCCAGAGGAGGGACGACUGGAGGUGCUGCAUCAGGGCCAGUGGGGCACCGUGUGUGACGAUGACUUCACGCUGCAGGAGGCCAACGUGGCCUGUCGCCAGCUGGGCUUCGAGACCGCCUUGACCUGGGCCCACAGUGCCAAGUACGGCCAAGGGGAGGGGCCCAUCUGGCUGGACAACGUCCGCUGCGUAGGCACAGAGAGCUCCCUGGAGCAGUGCAACUCCAACGGCUGGGGCGUGAGUGACUGCACCCACUCGGAGGAUGUUGGGGUGGUGUGCCACCCCCAGCGCCGCCGUGGCCACUUUUCCGAGCGUGUCUCCAAUGCUCUCGGGCCACAGGGCCGGCGGUUGGAGGAGGUUCGGCUCAAGCCCAUCCUCGCCAUGGCCAAACUGCGCAAGCCCGUGACCGAGGGAGCCGUGGAGGUGAAGUUCGACGGUCACUGGCGACAUGUGUGUGACCUGACCUGGAAUAGGAACAACAGCCGGGUGGUGUGUGGGAUGCUGGGCUUCCCCAGCACUGCCCCUGUCAACAUCCACUACUACAGGAAAGUCUGGAACUUGAAAAUGAAGGACCCCAAGUCCAGGCUGAAGAGCCUAACCAAGAGGAAUUCCUUCUGGAUCCACCGUGUCAACUGCCUAGGAACAGAGCCCCACCUGGCCAGCUGCCAGGUGCAGGUGGCACCAGCACGGGGCAAACUUCGACCCGCCUGCCCAGGAGGCAUGCACGCUGUGGUCAGCUGUGUGCCUGGGCCCCGCUUCCGGUCAUCCAGAGCCAAGCCUGCACGCAAGGAGUCUGGGUCAGAGGAUAUGCGAGUGCGGCUGCGCUCUGGGGCGCAGGUGGGCGAGGGCCGAGUGGAGGUGUUCAGGGACCGGCAGUGGGGGACCGUGUGUGACCACCGGUGGAACCUGGUGUCUGCCAGCGUUGUGUGCCGGCAGCUGGGCUUCGGCUCAGCAAAGGAGGCGCUCUUUGGGGCCCAGCUGGGCCAAGGUCUGGGGCCCAUCCACUUGAGUGAGGUGCGUUGCCGUGGGUAUGAACGGGCCCUGGGCGACUGCCCGGCUCUGGAGGGUGCCCAGAAUGGCUGCCAACAUGGGAACGAUGCUGCUGUCAGGUGCAAUGUCCCCAACAUGGGCUUCCAGGAGCAGGUGCGGUUGGCCGGUGGGCGCACCUCUGAGGAGGGGGUGGUGGAGGUGCAGGUGGAGGCCAAUGGGCUUCGGCGCUGGGGGGCCGUAUGCAGUGACCACUGGGGACUUGCGGAGGCCAUGGUGGCCUGCCGGCAGCUCGGCCUGGGAUUUGCCAACCAUGCCGUCAAGGACACGUGGUACUGGCAGGGCACGCCGGGCGCUGGAGAAGUAGUGAUGAGUGGGGUGCGCUGCGUGGGCACAGAACUGGCCCUGCAUCAGUGCCAGAGGCACGGGCCGGUGCACUGCUCACAUGGAGCUGGCCGCUUCUCUGCUGGGGUCUCCUGCACAGACAGUGCUCCGGACCUGGUGAUGAACGCGCAGCUGGUGCAGGAGACCGCCUACCUGGAGGACCGGCCGCUCAGCCAGCUCUACUGCGCGCAUGAGGAGCGCUGCCUCUCACAGUCUGCCGACCGCAUGGACUGGCCCUACGGGCAUCGGCGCCUGCUACGCUUCUCCUCCCAGAUCUACAACCUGGGCCGAGCCGACUUCCGGCCCAAGACAGGACGCCACAGCUGGAUCUGGCACCAAUGCCACCGGCAUUACCACAGCAUCGAGGUCUUCACCCACUAUGACCUCCUCACACUCAAUGGCUCCAAGGUGGCGGAGGGGCACAAGGCCAGCUUCUGUCUGGAGGAUACAAACUGCCCCACAGGACUGCAGCGGCGCUAUGCCUGUGCCAACUUUGGGGAGCAGGGAGUGACUGUUGGUUGUUGGGACACCUAUCGGCACGACAUUGAUUGCCAGUGGGUGGAUAUCACAGAUGUGGGCCCUGGGGAUUAUAUCUUCCAGGUGGUUGUGAACCCCAAAUACGAGGUGGCAGAGUCUGACUUCUCCAACAACAUGAUGCGGUGUCGCUGCAAAUAUGAUGGGCACCGAGUCUGGCUGCACAACUGCCACACAGGGGAUUCUCUCCGGGUCAACACCGAGCUUGCUUUGGAGCAAGAGCAGCGACUCAGAAACAACUUCAUCUGAAGCCAGCAGGGCACAUGCCUGGCUGUGGCCCACACACCGAUACCUCAGCUUACUGGA